GAGGAACAUGGCCGCCGGGUGUGGUGAGGGCACGGCGCUUGCAGCCGCCGUCUCUUUCUUUCGGGCCCUCUGACGCCGUCCGCGGCGGAGAGGGCCGGUUCAGCCCGAGCUGAGGGCGCCGUUCUUGGGCCUGUUUGUGAGACGGUACUGAAAUUGAGAUAAUUGCAGCUUUCUGUGAAAAUGUCUGUUCUGAUAUCACAGAGUGUAAUAAAUUAUGUAGAAGAAGAAAACAUUCCUGCUCUGAAAGCUCUUCUUGAAAAAUGCAAAGAUGUAGAUGAGAGAAAUGAGUGUGGCCAGACUCCAUUGAUGAUAGCUGCUGAACAAGGCAAUCUGGAAAUAGUGAAAGAAUUAAUUAAGAAUGGAGCUAACUGCAAUCUGGAAGAUUUGGAUAAUUGGACAGCACUUAUAUCUGCAUCAAAAGAAGGGCAUGUCCACAUUGUGGAAGAACUCCUUAAAUGCGGUGUUAACUUGGAGCACCGUGAUAUGGGGGGAUGGACAGCUCUCAUGUGGGCAUGUUAUAAAGGCCGCACUGAAGUAGUAGAGUUGCUUCUUUCUCAUGGUGCCAAUCCAAGUGUCACUGGUCUGCAGUACAGUGUUUACCCAAUCAUUUGGGCAGCGGGGAGAGGCCAUGCAGAUAUAGUGCAUCUUUUACUGCAAAAUGGUGCUAAGGUCAACUGCUCUGAUAAGUAUGGAACCACCCCUUUGGUUUGGGCCGCACGAAAGGGUCAUUUGGAAUGCGUGAAACAUUUAUUGGCCAUGGGAGCUGAUGUAGAUCAAGAAGGAGCUAAUUCAAUGACUGCACUUAUUGUGGCAGUGAAAGGAGGCUACACACAGUCAGUGAAAGAAAUUUUGAAGCGGAAUCCAAAUGUAAAUUUAACAGAUAAGGAUGGAAAUACAGCUUUGAUGAUUGCAUCAAAGGAGGGACAUACAGAGAUUGUCCAGGAUCUGCUCGAUGCUGGAACAUAUGUGAACAUACCUGACAGGAGUGGGGAUACUGUGUUGAUUGGUGCUGUCAGAGGUGGUCAUGUUGAGAUUGUUCGAGCGCUUCUCCAAAAAUAUGCUGAUAUAGACAUUAGAGGACAGGACAAUAAAACUGCUUUGUACUGGGCUGUCGAGAAAGGAAAUGCAACAAUGGUGAGAGAUAUCUUGCAGUGCAAUCCUGAUACUGAAAUAUGCACAAAGGAUGGUGAAACACCACUUAUAAAGGCUACCAAGAUGAGAAAUAUUGAAGUAGUGGAGCUGCUCCUAGAUAAAGGUGCUAAAGUGUCUGCUAUAGACAAGAAAGGAGAUACUCCCUUGCAUAUUGCUAUUCGUGGAAGGAGCCGGAAACUGGCAGAACUUCUUUUAAGAAAUCCCAAAGAUGGGCGGUUACUUUAUAGGCCCAACAAAGCAGGCGAGACUCCUUACAAUAUCGAUUGUAGCCAUCAGAAAAGUAUUUUAACUCAAAUAUUUGGAGCCAGACACUUGUCUCCUACUGAAUCAGACGGUGACAUGCUUGGAUAUGAUUUAUAUAGCAGUGCCCUGGCAGAUAUUCUCAGUGAGCCUACCAUGCAGCCACCCAUUUGUGUGGGGUUAUAUGCACAGUGGGGAAGUGGGAAAUCUUUCUUACUCAAGAAACUAGAAGAUGAAAUGAAGACUUUCGCAGGACAACAGAUUGAGCCUCUUUUUCAAUUUUCAUGGCUUAUAGUAUUUCUUACCCUGCUGCUUUGUGGAGGGCUUGGUUUGUUGUUUGCUUUCACAGUCGACCCAAAUCUUGGAAUAGCAGUGUCCCUGAGUUUCUUGGCUCUCCUGUACAUAUUCUUCAUUGUCAUUUACUUUGGUGGACGAAGGGAAGGAGAAAGUUGGAAUUGGGCUUGGGUCCUCAGCACCAGAUUGGCAAGACAUAUUGGAUAUUUGGAACUCCUUCUUAAACUGAUGUUUGUGAAUCCACCUGAGUUGCCAGAGCAAACUACUAAAGCUUUACCUGUGAGGUUUUUGUUUACCGAUUACAAUAGGCUGUCCAGUGUAGGUGGAGAAACUUCAUUGGCUGAAAUGAUUGCAACCCUCUCAGAUGCUUGUGAAAGAGAGUUUGGCUUUUUGGCAACUAGGCUUUUUCGAGUAUUCAAGACUGAAGAUUCUCAAGGUAAAAAGAAAUGGAAAAAAACGUGUUGUCUCCCAUCUUUUGUCAUCUUCCUCUUUAUUAUUGGCUGCAUUAUUGCUGGAAUUACUCUUCUGGCUAUCUUCAGGGUCGACCCAAAACAUCUGACAGUGAAUGCUGUCCUCAUAUCAAUUGCAUCUGUAGUGGGGUUGGCCUUUGUAUUGAACUGUCGUACAUGGUGGCAAGUGCUGGACUCUCUCUUGAAUUCUCAAAGAAAACGCCUCCAUAAUGCUGCCUCCAAACUGCACAAAUUGAAAAGUGAAGGAUUCAUGAAAGUUCUUAAGUGGGAAGUGGAAUUGAUGGCCAGAAUGGCAAAAACCAUUGACAGCUUCACUCAGAAUCAGACAAGGCUGGUGGUUAUCAUCGAUGGAUUAGAUGCCUGUGAGCAGGAUAAAGUCCUUCAGAUGCUGGACACUGUUCGAGUUCUGUUUUCAAAAGGGCCAUUCAUUGCCAUUUUUGCGAGUGAUCCACAUAUUAUCAUAAAGGCGAUUAACCAGAACCUCAAUAGUGUGCUUCGUGAUUCAAAUAUAAAUGGACAUGACUAUAUGCGCAACAUAGUUCAUUUGCCUGUUUUCCUCAAUAGUCGUGGACUAAGCAAUGCAAGAAAAUUUCUUGUGACUUCUACAACAAAUGGGGACAUUCCGUGCUCGGAUACUGCAGGGAUACCGGAAGAUGCUGACAGAAGAGUUUCACAAAACAGCCUUGGGGAGAUGACAAAACUUGGUAGCAAGACAGCCCUCAAUAGACGGGAUACUUACCGAAGAAGGCAGAUACAGCGGACGAUCACCCGCCAGAUGUCCUUUGACCUUACAAAACUGCUGGUUACUGAGGACUGGUUCAGUGACAUCAGUCCUCAGACCAUGAGAAGACUACUUAAUAUUGUUUCUGUGACAGGGCGAUUACUGAGAGCUAAUCAGAUUAGUUUCAACUGGGACAGGCUUGCUAGCUGGAUCAACCUUACUGAACAGUGGCCAUAUCGGACUUCAUGGCUCAUACUGUAUUUGGAAGAGACUGAAGGUAUUCCAGAUCACAUGACAUUAAAAACCAUCUAUGAAAGGAUAUCAAAGAAUAUUCCAACUACUAAAGAUGUUGAGCCUCUGCUUGAAAUAGAUGGAGAUAUAAGAAAUUUUGAAGUGUUUUUAUCUUCAAGGACCCCAGUUCUUGUGGCUCGAGAUGUAAAAGUCUUUUUGCCUUGCACCGUAAACCUAGACCCCAAACUACGGGAAAUUAUUGCAGAUGUCCGUGCUGCCAGAGAGCAGAUCAGCAUUGGAGGGCUGGCGUAUCCCCCGCUCCCCCUGCAUGAAGCUCCUCCCAGGGCACCGUCAGGGUACAGCCAGCCCCCGUCAGUGUGUUCCUCAUCCACGUCUUUCAACGGGCCUUUCGCAGGUGGGGUGGUGUCACCGCAGCCUCACAGCAGCUACUACAGCGGCAUGACGGGCCCUCAGCAUCCCUUCUACAACCGGCCAUUCUUUGCCCCAUACCUUUACACGCCAAGGUAUUACCCUGGCGGUUCCCAACAUCUCAUCUCACGUCCAUCAGUAAAAACGAGUUUGCCCAGAGAUCAGAACAAUGGCCUAGAAGUUAUCAAGGAGGAUGCUGCUGAGGGGCUUUCUUCACCCACAGACUCCUCGAGGGGAUCAGGCCCAGCCCCAGGACCAGUGAUAUUACUGAAUUCACUGAACGUGGAUGCAGUAUGUGAGAAACUAAAGCAAAUAGAAGGUCUAGACCAGAAUAUGCUGCCUCAAUAUUGUGCAACAAUCAAAAAGGCAAACAUAAAUGGCCGUGUGUUAGCUCAGUGUAACAUUGAUGAACUGAAGAAAGAGAUGAAUAUGAAUUUUGGAGACUGGCAUCUUUUCAGAAGCACAGUACUAGAAAUGAGAAAUGCAGAGAACCAAGUGGUCCCUGAAGACCCACGUUUCCUGAAUGAGCACAGCAGUGCCCCAGCCCCGCAGGGUGACCCUGCUCACCGCCCUUCACACAGCGAGUUGCCUCACACUGAGCUCUCCAGCCAGACUCCCUACACACUCAACUUCAGCUUCGAAGAGCUGAAUACACUUGGCCUAGAUGAAGGUGCCCCUCGUCACAGUAACCUAAGUUGGCAGUCACAAACUCGCAGAACCCCAAGUCUUUCGAGUCUCAAUUCCCAGGAUUCCAGUAUUGAAAUUUCAAAGCUUACUGAUAAGGUGCAGGCCGAGUAUAGAGAUGCUUAUAGAGAAUAUAUUGCUCAGAUGUCCCAGUUAGAAGGGGGCCCAGGGUCUGCAACAAUUAGUGGUAGAUCUUCUCCACAUAGCACAUAUUACAUGGGUCAGAGUUCAUCAGGGGGCUCUAUUCAUUCUAAUCUAGACCAAGAAAAAGGGAAGGAUAGUGAACCAAAGCAGGACGACGGAAGGAAGCCGUUUCUCAUGAAGAGGGGGGAUGUUAUAGAUUACUCAUCAUCAGGGGUUUCCACUAAUGAUGCCUCACCCCUGGAUCCUAUCACUGAAGAGGAUGAGAAAUCUGAUCAGUCAGGCAGUAAGCUGCUCCUGGGCAAGAAGUCCUCUGAAAGGUCAAGUCUCUUCCAGACAGAUUUGAAGCUGAAGGGAAGUGGACUGCGCUACCAGAAACUCCCAAGUGAUGAGGAUGAGUCUGGUACUGAAGAAUCAGAUAACACUCCACUGCUCAAAGAUGAUAAAGAUAAAAAAGCUGAAGGGAAGGUAGAGAGAGUGUCAAAGUCUCCAGAACACAGUGCUGAGCCAAUCAGGACCUUUAUUAAAGCAAAAGAGUAUUUAUCAGAUGCUCUCCUUGACAAAAAGGAUUCCUCAGAUUCAGGAGUAAGGUCUAGUGAAAGUUCUCCCAACCACUCCCUCCACAAUGAAGCAGCUGAUGAUGCCCAGCUGGAAAAGGCAAAUCUCAUAGAGUUGGAAGAUGACGGCCACAGUGGAAAGCGGGGAAUCCCACACAGCCUGAGCGGCCUGCAAGAUCCAAUUAUAGCUCGGAUGUCCAUUUGCUCAGAAGACAAGAAAAGCCCUUCCGAAUGCAGCUUGAUAGCUAGCAGCCCUGAAGAAAGCUGGCCCACAUGCCAGAAAGCCUACAAUCUCAACCGAACACCCAGCACUGUGACUCUGAACAACAAUAGUGCUCCCGCUAAUAGAGCCAAUCAGAAUUUUGAUGAGAUGGAGGGAAUUAGGGAGACUUCUCAAGUCAUUCUGAGGCCUAGUUCCAGUCCCAACCCAACUGCUAUUCAGAAUGAAAAUCUCAAGAGCAUGACGCAUAAGCGAAGCCAGCGUUCAAGCUAUACAAGGCUCUCAAAAGAUUCUUCAGAGCUCCAUGCAGUAGCCUCUUCUGAUAGUACAGGUUUUGGAGAAGAAAGAGAAAGUAUUCUCUAAGAAAAACAAGCAAAAGUAGAAUAGUAUUACUGUGCCCUUAUGACAAAUUGUCCUGAAUUUUGAAUCCAUCCAUGCAAAUCACCUUUAUGCAUUUUAUUUGCAGAUAGUUAGUAGAUGGUGAGGCUUUUGGUAAAAGAGGCAUAUCCUACACAUCAGAGGAAAGCAUAAGAAAUGGUGGCUCACCUGUCAGCCUCUGUUGUCUUCGUAAUUACUCACUACUGUUACUAUACCUUUCAUUGGCAUAUAACCCCAUAAAACUUUUCGAGACAAGAUGAGAUCUGAGUAUAAAGAUAAGUCAGAAGUAGUCUAUUCAAUUUAAAGGGCUUAAUUUGUGAAAGAAAAUAAAAAGCUAGAGAGACCGCUUUUGUAGAACAUUCAGUCUUCAAACAUUUGAGGGAAGACAUGGUGUGAGAUGAAGCAGAAGCAAAUUUUACUCUUUAGGGUAUAAUCGAGAUAAGAAUUUACAGAUUAUCAAAUAGGCCUGACACUAAAGGUAAAUGCUCAGUAAAUUGAGAACCAGUGUUCUAUAUAAUAGACAAAUUGUUUAUCAGAGAGGUUUUAGAUGUUAAGUCCUAGUAAAUAUAUAAUUAAGAGGACUUUAAAAAUUGAAAAGAAAGUGACAGUACCCAAGGUAGUAUAACUGGGUCAUUGGGUCAUUGAGAGCUGCCAGGAGAGUAGAUACAGGGAGAGGCUAAUAACCUCCAUAUUACCUGGAUACUCUUCUCCCUAACCCCCAGACUCUGCUUCAGCACCACCCACCUGUGCCUAAAACACCAUCCUGGUCUGUUCUACAACUCUUUUAAAUUGCAUGCCCAAUUUUUCUUAGUGAGCUUAGCAAUGAAAUGGGGGGAUAAAACAUAAAUUCUUUUUCUGGAGAAUCAGGGAAACCUGGGUAAUAAUAGGCAUUAAUAAAUAUUUAUGGAAUGAGUGAAUGAGGGAGCAAUUACAUCAAGAAGGUUCAUGAUGGCCAGACAUGGUGGCUCAUGCCUGUAAUCCCAGCGCUUUGGGAGGCUAAGGCAGGAGGAUCAUUUGAGACCAGGAGUUUGAGACCUCCCUAGGCAAUUUAGUGAGAUUCCCAUGUCUAUAAAAAUUUUUUCAUAAAAUGUUUAAAAUGGUAGAAGAUCAAUGACAAUUGACAAAUGACACGGAAAUAUUUAAUUAGGUAAAACUAAAUCAUUGCCUUCUAUCCCUGGGCAGAGUUGACGUACUUCAUCUGUUCCUAAAUCAGCAUGUUAAUUCUGGGGGAAGAUCAUAAAAAAGGAAAUAACGUCCUUUAAAAAAGUUUAAAAACAUGUAACAAAGUAACAAUAAAAAAUAAAAAAAAUAAAAUUGUUGUAACAGUAAAACUGUAUACUUUCCAUUAAUUGUUAGCAGAGGUGAAAGAAUGAUCACAUUAAAGUACUGUGUGGACUAGAAAUGUACCCUGUCAUCAUGCAUUGAAAUUUUCCUGUCGUUUUAACAUAGCUUAUUUAUGUAGAAUUAAUUCUGGCCGUAUAUCCUAAGUCACAGAUAGGAUCGUAGAUGGUGAGAUCACAGACAUGCACUUAUCUAGAUUCAGUGUUACACUGGCAAUGUUGAUCACUCAAUAGAUUUGUAUUAAUAUGCUGAUUACAUUAUUUACUUGACCAGUCAUUGUGCUAAGUUGUUGCUCUUUUGUGUUUCAUUGCCUUAGUGUUUGAGUGUAAUCUAGCAUUUUAAUAAAGUAUUUAUUUUGCAUGAUCUUUAACCAGUGCUUUAAGUAAUUUUAAGAAGGCAGAAUGUAAUUGACAUUAUAUAUUGAAAUCUUAACAUUUUAAUAUUUGUAGUGUUUAUUAGUUUGCAAUAAUGUAUAAUUAGUAAUUAUUUCAGAGGCAAUAUUUUGUUCAUUUUCAGGUGAGUAGUUGCAGCUUAAUAUCAUUGGAGUACAUUUUUUAUACUGUUUGUGAAAUUAAUACUAGGGUAUUAAGUGUACAAAUAGACUUAGAAAACAAUAAAAAAAAUUGCAUGCUA